CGAUCCCUUUUAUUUCCUCGCUGCAUUUCCCAUCUCUUCGUCUCCAACCGAACCUCUCUCCCCUUGUCGCCUCUGUUCUUGAAUUUCUCGCCGGAACACGGCCGGCCAGACGAAGCUCGCCGGAGAACCGCACCGGUUGUGUAUCGGCGGCUAGCUUGCAGAGUCCGUCCUCCGAGUCUUCUGGGCUCUGAAUUCAGGGUCGGGAGUCUGAAUUCCAGGUGAGUUCAGGCCCUCAGCUUCGUGAUCGCGCUCGUGAGAAGAAGAGGACUCUGAUGGUCACGGCCCGACCAGGCGCGAGGUAGUCUUCAUUAGAAGAGCCCACGAUGGCGACAACGGAGGCUUCGCCGGCCGCGGCUGAUGCCGAGCAGCCGGCGCCGGAGACGACGACGACGACGAUGACACCGACACCGGCGAGCUCUCAGCCUGCGCCGGCUGCUCCUACGGCCGCGUCAGCGGUGCCGGCGGCUGUUGCUGGGAGAGGAGAGGGGAAGCGGAAGCGGGGGAGGCCACGGAAAUACGGGCCGGACGGGAGCCUGCUGCGGCCGCUGAAUGCGACGCCGAUCUCGGCGUCGGUGCCGGACGACGCGGGCGGGGCGCAGUACACGCCGGCUUCUGCCGUCGGGUCCGUCAUGAAGAGGGGCAGGGGCCGCCCGGUGGGGUUCGUCAGCCGCGCGACGCCAAUAUCCGUGGCAGUGACGGCCGCCGCGCCCACGGCUGCGGUGGUCGUGUCAGCGCCGGCGCCGCAGCCACAGCUCGGGCCACUCGGUGAAUUGGUAGCUUGUGCUUCUGGUGCAAAUUUUACGCCUCAUAUUAUUAAUGUUGCUGCUGGUGAGGUCAUAUCUUUCUCCCAACAAGGUCCAAGGGCAAUUUGCAUUCUAUCUGCCAAUGGUGUCAUUGCAAAUGUUACACUGCGUCAACAAGAUUCCUUAGGUGGUACAGUUACUUAUGAGGGCCGGUUUGAGCUACUCUCCUUGUCUGGAUCUUUCACUCCGACUGAUAGCGGUGGCACCAGAAGCCGCUCCGGUGGGAUGAGCGUCUCCUUAGCGGCCGCCGACGGCCGUGUCAUCGGAGGUGGAGUUGCCGGCCUCCUCGUGGCCGCUAGCCCUGUCCAGGUCGUGGUAGGAAGCUUCCUCCCGAGUUACCAGCUGGAUCAGAACGCCAACAAAAAGCAGCCGAUCAUCGAGAUCACGACAGUGCCUCCGGCGCCGGCGACCGUUGGGUUCACGAUCUCCAGCGGCGACAUGAUGGAGGACUCGUACGGCGGCCGCCAGCAUCCGCGGUCCGGGACGGCGAAAGGGGGCUCGACGGCGGCGGUGUUCAAGGUGGAGAAUUGGACGGCGCCUGCGCAGCAGCAGCCGGCGCCCGAUCAGGCGAGGAAGACGCCGCCGCCACCACCAGCGUCCGAGGCCAAAGUCCCCGUCCCCGGUGGGUGAGGCUUGCAGAUCGAUCCCGCGGCUCGUCGAUCGGCUUGGCUGCUCGCUGCUCGUCAGUCUCCAUCACAUGAAUGCCGGCCGGUUGGAUCGGAUCACUUGCACCAUGCAGCAGCCCGUCAGUCCCUGCAGUUUAUAAGGAAUACAGUAUAAUUCAGCAAUUUAGCAACCCUUGAUGAUGCCAUUUCAGUACAAAAUGGAUUGAUUUACUUGCACAUUGUCAGGCGCGUGAAGAUAUUAUAUAUAUAGCCCUUAGUACUACUCUAAUUAGAUGUUGGCAUUUUCGGCUCA